AUGGAGGAACUUCCCUCAAAAAUAAAAUUAGCAAGGUGUGGAGGACACUCAGCUUCUGCAAGCAAUAUUUCUUCAAAUUCUGAGGAGUUGACAAAAAAUGCUUUAAUGAUGGAUAAGUUGCAGAAUGCUGUACAGGAACAAGUUGCUAGGUUUAGGUAAGGAUUUGAAAAAGAAUUUUUAUUAAAUGUGGAGAAACUGGGGACGUUGAUCCGAGUUGGUUCUUG